AUGACCACCAUGACAUCGACCGGUACGCAGACGGGACUGACAACAAUAAUUCCUACCAACCCGGCUGGCACAACUAGCGUGAUCACUUUUGUGACACCAUCAUCCUCUUCCACGUCUACUUCAACUUCGUCUUCCUCCUCCACUAGUCCGACCGCAAGCUGUACCCCUGGGCUACUCUGGGCCUACUAUGGUCUUGCGCAAGCUCCAACAGAGACUGCUAGUAGCUCCGGAAAUAUCCCUUUUCACGGUAACGGCGCUGAUGGUCAAGCAAACUGGAAAAUGACUUAUUUCAACAUCAACACCGUGCUCUCUGGACAGAAUCCUGAUAACACGGGUCGUACAGCGACCAUUGGUCUUGCACAGCUCUGCGCCACCACGACUCGGACCGUCUACGGAACCACAACGAGCGGGCAGUCCCAGUUCAUGACUGUUCAACACAUCGGAUACUUCCAUCCGGCCACUUCUGGCACGUAUACUUUCAGCUUCAGUAAUGUCGAUGAUGGUGUCUAUCUUUGGCUAGGCAAUAACGCCAAGACUGGUUUCACCAAUGCCAAUGCCAAUGCCAACAAAAAUGUCGACUACUACGUUACCAAUAGCGCCGGCACCUACACGUUCACUACGACGGCCGGCCAAUACUAUCCAAUUCGGCUAUUAUUUGUCAAUGCACAGCAGUGCGGCAGCUUCACUUUCUCACUCACUGACCCGGCCGGAGGUGUGGUUGUCUCGAACUCUCAAGCCGUAGUUGGCGAUCAACUCGUAGCUAGUUGCCCCAACGACUAG